GUUCACUGUCGGGAACAUACUAGUGCCGAGUACAACGUUUACGACGAUGCUUGAACAGAGUUCUCCAGUUCGUCUUGAAUGCUUAUUUCAAAAUGAAAUAUAUAGUCAGAGUAUUGGAACGAUAGGUAACGUACGCAUAUCGCGGCAACUGUCCGCGCAAAGUUCGGUUUUAUCAGAUUAUACAUAAGCACAUUAUUAUUCGUGACGUUGACACUAUUCGGUGAAUAACAAAAGUUGCAAAAAAGAUUUAACAAAAAAGAACCUUGCAAAAGAAAACACAACCACGUCGUAAUGUGUUUAAUGAAUAAGUUUUAAUUGAAAAAGCGGGUCCUACUUCGCGAGGAUGGAAUAUACGACAAACUUGAAAAGCAUUUUGUUUGUGAUUUUUAUACACUUAUCGGUGUUAAAUUGUGCUCAUUUGUCGAGAACUUAUUUCAAAAAUGUGUCCACGAACAGCGGUGACGUACCAAAAAUAAGCUGGGUGUUCAGCAAUUUUGUUGACAAUACCGUUAGGGUUAAACGAGCAAAUGUAGCUAAUUCUUACCUACCUGUUAAGUGUCGUCAGAAUUUGAGCCGCCUGUGCGGCGACGUAACUAGAAAUAAUGAUGAAUUAAUGUUGUUAGAGUGCAUUCAAACAUUUAAGCCAACCGAAGUAUCCGGUAUCGAUGACGAAUGCCGUCAUGCGAUAUGGAUCUAUGUCUUAAACAUUACUAAUAAUUUAAAUAUAGAGAGAUUAGCUAAAAAAACAUGCGGUAAAGAGUUAGAUUCGUUAGAUUGUUCUGCCUCUGGUGACAAGCACGGAGCUUAUUUAUCUUGUUUAAUCGAUAACAGAGAGAAAGUUAAGGAUCCACAGUGUAUUGUAUAUAUUCAGCGAUUGGAAUGGAUCGCGUUUAGUGAUUUCAGAAUUAUAACACCAUUUUCGUCGGAUUGCGAAGCUGAUAUUACAAAAUUUAAAUGCGAUAAAAUUCAACCGUACAGAGAUAUAUCUCAAGGGCAAAUAUUAGCUUGUUUGCAAGAACACAUUAACGAACUUCAACUUCUGUGCAAACGACAUAUACUUCAUGUAUCUGAAAUACAAGCUGAUAAUAUAAAAUUAGAUCGGCAAUUAUACAUGGCUUGUGCGCAAGAUCAUACAAAUUUUUGUCCGGACGUUAGACCGGGCAGUGGCCAAGUAUACAAAUGUUUAAUGCAGCACAAAACAGAUAAAUCCAUGACAGCGACGUGUCAGGAACAGCUCACAAGAAGAGGGAAACUAAUAGCAUCGGAUUAUAGAGUCAGUAAAGGUUUAGUUAAAGCUUGCAAGGACGAUAUUAAAAUUAAUCAUUGUAGAAGAUCUGUUUUAGAGGAUAGAAACAUAAGACUUGCACAAAUUCUUCUCUGUUUGGAAUCAGCUGUAAAAAAUGGUAGCAAAAUUGAUAGAAAUUGCGAAGCUGAAAUGUUUGAUCAUAGAAAACUGCUAAUGGAAGAUUAUAGAUUAUCUCCCGAAAUAGUUGACGGAUGUGCCAAUGAUAUUACAAUCUUCUGUAAUAGUCUUGAAAUUGGGGGCGUGACGAUUCAUUGCUUGAUGGAACACACCAGACCAAGAAAGAAAAAAUCAAGGGUAUCCAGCAAGUGCCAAAGAGCGUUAGAAGAAUUAAUUAUGGAAACUGAUGCCGGAGAAGAUUGGAGAAUCGAUCCUGUUCUAAGAGAACAAUGUCAAUCAGUUGUUAAUUCAGCUUGCAGAGAUGUACACGGAGGCGAUGCGAGAGUAAUAUCUUGUCUACUGGAGCAGCUUGGUACAGUCAGAAUGACAGAAUCUUGUGAAACUGCUUUAGUUCAAAUACAGUAUUUUAUAGCUAGAGAUUUCAAAUUAGAUCCUCAGUUGUAUAGGGCAUGUAAAUUCGAUGCGACACGAUUAUGCCAUGCAAGAAAUGCAUGGGCUAGCGAUGGAAGACAGAUGGACCCAGAACGAGGACCUCUUGUUUUACCAUGUUUAUAUAGGCAUGCGUAUCAUCCACAAAAAAAUAUGACGUUGAAAUCUGAAUGUCUUGAAGAAAUUAGACGCGUUAUGAGACAACGGGCCGUAAACGUUGCUUUGCAACCUGAGAUCGAAGAAGUGUGUCUAAAUGAAUUAGCGUCGUAUUGUUACGAUAAAACUGCAAAAGGGGAAGAAAUAUUGUGCCUUCAAGACAAUUUAGAUAGUUUGAACAAAAAUUGCAAGUUAGCAGUUGGCAAUUUUACAGAAGAACAAGCGGAACAUGUUGAAUUGAAUCCAGUAAUUUCUGCCGCGUGUCAACAUAUCAUAGAACGUCAUUGCGAGGAAGUAUUAAAAUAUGGUAAAGAUGAAGGUGACAUGAUGGAGUGUUUAAUAGAACAUAAAAAUGAUCUAGAUGUACGACCUGAUUACAAGUGUAAAGCAGCAGUGGAACAUUUCCAAUUGAUAUCAUUAAAAAAUUAUCACUUUACGUAUAAAUUUAAAGAAGCCUGUCGACCUUCUGUCAAGAGAUGGUGUCCAAAGUCUAAAACAAAAGCAGAAGUAAUAGAAUGUUUGAGCGCGAAGGUACAAGACAAUAUAAUGAAAGACACACAACACAAUGUACCAAAAGAAUGUAGACAACAAUUAAAAGCACAACUUUACCAACAAAGAGAAAACAUUCAGUUUGAUCCUGUCUUAGAAGCACAGUGUACAACUGAUAUUAAAUACUAUUGUUUUAACGUCGAACCAGGAAAUUCACAGAUUCUCGAAUGUUUGGCGGCACAUAAGUCGAAAUUAUCAGACGCGUGUCGCAAACAAUUAUUUAAAGUGAGAAAACAAGAUUUUCAAGACAGUUCCAGUGAUUUUGCAUUAUUAAGUACUUGCCGCGUUAUGGUAAGACAAUUUUGCUACGACGUAAGCCGUUCGCAAGCGUUAGAUUGUUUGAAGAAGAACAAAGAUGAGCCCACGUUUGACGAGAAAUGUAAAAAUAUUGUUAUUCGAAGAAUGAUUGAACAAAAUACAGAUUAUAGAUUUAAUGCUGCAUUACAAAAUGCCUGUUCAUACGAUAUCCAUAGAAAUUGUAAAGAGGUUUUAUUAAACGAACCUACCGAUAAAGAACUUGAGGGAAAGGUCAUAAGGUGUUUAAAAAUUAAAUUCCGGGAAUCGAAACUUACAGUAAAAUGUAAACAUCAGAUGACUACUAUACUCAGAGAAGCGGCCUUAAAUUUUCACUUGAAUCCAUUACUUGCUACAAUGUGUGCACACGAGAUUAAAACGAUCUGCAGAGCAGAUGAAGACAAUCCCGGAGCAGUAGAAGAAUGUUUGAAAAUAGAGUUUAAUGCUGGUAACAGAGAUAUGAAAGAAGGAUGUCGUCUUGAAAUUAUUGGCUUGAUAGAACAAACAAAAGCAGAUAUCAAUGUAGAUCCCUUAUUACAAAAAGCAUGCGCCGUUGAUCUUAAUAAAUAUUGUAGCGAUGUUCCUCAAGGAGCAGGAAGGCAUAUCAUGUGCUUGCAAAAUGUAUUGGAAGAUAGUAACAAAUCUCUGCAACCUGACUGCUAUAAAAUGUUAACCACAAGGAUCGAAAUGUUCAAGAAUGCAGCAAAGUUAAUUGCUCCAAAUUCAAUACAAGAACUGUACACGACGAUGAAUCGAUCGCCCGCAAGACGAUACUUUAUGCUCGUUGCUUUAACAAUGAUUGGUAUAAUUUUCAUCUCCGGUUUAUUUUGCGGAAGAGUGACGAGACGAACAAUGAUGAUGCGAAACAAAUGUUAAAUUAUAGUGAAAAAAGUCCGUCCUCGGGAAAGAUUAUCGAUUGGUGUGGUUAAAAACAAAAGGUAUCUUUCCAUAAAGUAAACAUCGAGAAUAAAAAUAAAAAGUGAUUUAAUCACGUGACCUUCCUGCAAAAUAUCACGUUAUGCAGAAAAUAAUAGAACAAAAAUAUUAACCUUUUUAUAUGUUUCUUUUUUUUUUUUUUAUCGCAUACAAACUUAUGAAAAAAUAAUAUUAUAAUAUUAUACAAUUAUGUCCGAGAUUCUAUGAUCUGUCAUUCAUAGUAUUAUCAUAAAUGUAAAAAUUGUAAAAGUUGAAUGAAUGGAAUGUAUAAUGAACUGGAAGUGAUUUGCAAUUAAGGUAGAUUUUAAUAAAAAAAAAUAUAUUAAUAGAGAAUAUAUAUAUAAGAAAAAUGAAUGAAAAAUGGAAUUUUAUGUCAAUACUCUAUACAUUUGUGAUAUAUAAAAGAAAUUCAUAAAAAAAAAUAAAAUAAAAUGAUCACGUCUUAUUUGGAAGUAAAAACAUUAUCCGGGCACAAAUUACCUUGGUCUUCCAUUUUUUAAUAUUAGAAUGCGUACAUAGUACACGCCAUUAGGCAUAAUUUACAAUGAAAAAUUCAAACGAUUAUGUAAAAUACACGAUGCAAUACGCAAUAUGACAUUACACAUUUCUUUAAAAUAUAUAUGCUCAAUUUAUAGUAACUAAAGCUGUUUUAAGCUUAUCAAUGGAU